AUGACUUGUUUACACGGUUUGUCCUCUUUAACAAUCGGACUUGAUACUCCUCUUGAAGCCAAUGCACGGUACUCUCAUACUGAUGGUGUUCCUUUGUCCGAUCUGAAUCUUUAUCUCACUGUUCUAGGAAGUUUGGUUUAUCUCACUGUUACUCGUCUGGAUAUUGCUCGUGUUGUUCAUGUUGUCAGUCACUUUGUUACUGCUCCUACAUCUGUUCAUUGGGGAGCUGUUCUUCGUAUUUUUAGAUAUAUUUGUGGCACUCACUUUCAGACCCUCUUGUUUCCCUUGACGUCUUCUCUUGAGUUACAUGCCUAUAGUGAUGUUGAUUGGGAUGACGACCGUCUUGAUAGUAAAUCCACCACUGGAUUUUACGUAUUUCUUGGAGAUUCUUUCAUCUCAUGGAAGAGCAUGAAAUAA